CGGCCGUCGCGUCCGCUCAGUCAGAUUAUAGACGACGGAGAAAACGCUUCUGAUCCGAAGCUUGCUCUGACUUUCAGGCGGCUCUCCAGGAAUUCAAGGCAUCCAGAUCCAGACCACAGGGAAUCCGAGGAGCAUACUCCGCCAUGGCCUCCACAUCGAGUGUGAAGCUGAUUGUUUACGCCCUGGACGUACUUUGCACAUUGCUGGCCUUGGUGCUGAUAUCCUUUGGCAUUUAUGUGGUGGUGUCCUACGAUCUGAACGAAGUGGGAAAGCUAUCAGCCUACGGUUAUGUGGGACUUGGAGUUGCUGCCCUGGUGGUUGUAUUUUGGGGUUAUCUUUCCGCUUGGCGCGAGAAUGUGUGCUGUACGGUGACAUUCAUUGUUUUCCUUUGCCUGGUCAUCAUUGCCCAGUUCGCCGUUGUCUACGUUAUGAUCACCCAGGAGAAGACGGUGGCCUCUAACCUGGCUAAUGCUUUGGAGGCCACAUGGGAGGAGGAAUUGAACAGUCCCGGUGCUAUGUCGCUCUACCAGAACUGGUUCCAGUGCUGCGGUCGUGGCAGUCCGCAGGAUUAUAUUGUCAACGAACGCCUGCCCCCGGAUACCUGUUUCCGGAACCAUGACAAGAGCAAGCCCGAGAAUCUGAUCCACUCCGGUUGCCGAGUGGAGUUCGAGAACUACUGGCUGCACCUGACCCACAUUUUCAACAUCCUUGCCCUGGUACUGAUUGGAAUCGAGCUCCUGCUGAGUGUCAUCUCUUGCCGCCUGUGCAACAGCAUUCGCAACGAUGCUCGCCGAUCUUACUUUUAAAACGAAGAAAACCCAAAAUACUCAAAAUACGGAUUGGCAGUCAACUUGUUAAAUUUUUGAACCAUAUUACACCAUUAUUUAAUCGGUUUGGCGUGGCUUGAGCGUUAUUCAAGACUGGAAAAUUACUGUUACACUUUUUGAAAUUCAAACUCGUUGGAUCAGCACUAUAUGAUGAAGAUUAACCUUACUCUCACAUUGAUUUUAGUGGCACACCGAAAGCAACUCACAGAUAAUGUUAGGAAACGUAAAAUAGUUUUAAUAUUAUUUAUUAAAAGAUAUUUCCAAAUAAAUGUAUCAAAACCAAA